AUGGCGCCACUAUCUUCAUUGACAUUGCAACACACUAUCUACGUUGAUACAUCAAACGAACUAAUAUUCCAUAGAAGUUUUAAUUUUAACCAAGAUUCAGUUGAAAAAGUUAACCAGCUCACAUUGGAACCGAUCGAAUAUGAGAGUUGCACGCUAAGGAGACACGAUAAUGAUAGACGUCAAACUCUUUACGAGUUCGGUUUAUACGUUGGGGCAUGUUUACCAAAAUUCGUGCAAAAGAUUCAAAUGCAACACACCGACGAAUUGGAGAUACUCGUCGCCCCCGAAGGCUUGUUCCCCGUUCUAAGUUUUAUGUGUUACCACCAAAACGCCUGCUUCAAUCAAUGCUCGUCGGCGACGGCUAUCGAUGUUCCGAGUCGCACGUACAGGUUCGAAGUUGUUUAUGACAUUCUUAGUUUGAGAUUCGGGGAAAGAGCCAGAGUUAAAACUUAUACCGACGAGGUGACCCCCUUGCAUUCGGCUUAUGAUCUUUGGAACGGCGUGAACUGGUACGAACGAGAAAUAUACGACAUGUUUGGUAUCAUUUUUACUCACCAUCCUGAUUUGAGGAGAAUUUUGACAGACUACGGGUUUAAAGGUCAUCCUCUGAGGAAGGAUUUCCCCCUAGUUGGGUACACAGAGGUGCGGUACGAUGAUGGCUUGAAGAAACUGGUGUAUGAGCCUGUUGAGUUUGCUCAGGAAAUGCGAAGCUACCAGUUGGAAUCUCCGUGGAAUUAUUACAAAAAUUUUGAUGAAGAUUACAGUACUCCACCGCCGCCUCCCAAAAAGAAGUAA